AUUGCCAUCGAUCUCCUCGGCUUUGGUUACCGACUUACCGAGAAGCUCUCUUCUGCUGUGGUCGAUCAUGUCGAGGGACGCCCUCGUCGUUGGUAAUGUCGUGGGUGACGUGUUGGACCCAUUCGUCAAGUCCGCGACGAUGAAGAUAACCUACAACAAGGAAUUGACGAAUGGGUCCGAGCUCAAGCCCUCGAUGGUGGCCACCGAACCGCGAGUGGAGAUGCGAGGACACAGCACGAGAAACCUUUACACGCUUGUGAUGGUGGACCCUGAUGCACCAAGCCCUAGCAAUCCAACAAAGAGAGAGUACCUGCACUGGUUGGUGACAGACAUCCCAGAGACAACAAACGCCACUUACGGCAAUGAAAUUGUCUCCUAUGAGAGUCCACGGCCGACCGCUGGAAUCCACCGGUUCGUGUUUGUGUUGUUCCGGCAGUCCGUCCGCCAAUCCAUCUAUGCGCCUGGAUGGAGACAAAACUUCAGCACAAGGGAUUUUGCAGCAGUUUACAACCUAGGGGAUCCUGUAGCUGCGAUGUUCUUCAACUGCCAGAGGGAGAAUGGAUGUGGUGGAAGAAGGUACCAAGCUGUCAGUGGAUGGACGUGAUGACUGCAAUUGUUUGAGAGUAAGUCAAUACUCAUUAGGGGAGACUUAUGGUGGAGCCAUGCAAAAACCUGAAUUUUCAUGAUGACAUAUGAUACUAUGCAUGAUAAGAUGCGUACUACAAAAUUUUCCUAUGUUUACAAGUCUGUUUUAUCAUCCUACCUGGUAAAUUUUGUAUUUGCAUUUUGAUGGUGAAAUGUCAUGUUUAUACCAAGC